UGACAACGGGCAUCCAUGACGGGGAAGCUGUUGAGCACAAAAAGGAAAAAGGAAGGGAACCACAGAGAAAGGAAAAAGGAAGUGGAGAACCGCAGGGAAAGGAAAAAGGAGUCGGAGAACCGCAGGGAAAGGAACAAGGAGUCAGAGAAUCGCAGGGAAAGGAGAAAAGAGUCAGAGAAUCGCAGGGAAAGGGAAAAGGAGGAGAACUGCAGGGAAAAGAAAAAGGAGGAGGAGAACCGCAGGGAAAGGAAAAAGGAGGAGGAGAACCGCAGGGAAAGGAAAAAAGAGUCAGAGAACCGCAGGGAAAGGAAAAAGGAGUCAGAGAAUCGCAGGGAAAGGAAAAAAGAGUCAGAGAAUCGCAGGGAAAGGAAAAAGGAGUCAGAGAACCGCAGGGAAAGGAAAAAAGAGUCAGAGAACCGCAGGGAAAGGGAAAAAGGAGGAGAACUGCAGGGAAAAGAAAAAGGAGGAGGAGAACCGCAGGGAAAGGAAAAAGGAGGAGGAGAACUGCAGGGAAAGGAAAAAGGAGAGAGACCGCAGGGAAAGGAAAAAGGAGUCAGAGAACUGCAGGGAAAGGAAAAAGGAGUCAGAGAACUGCAGGGAAAGGACGACAAGCGAAACAAGUACAGGAAAAGGGUCAGGCUCUGGGAGGGACAUGGCGAAGGAGAGAGAGCAGAGUUGUUCCAGAGACUACCUGUCCUGUCUAAAUCUAAAACAGUUGCUCAGAAGCCUAGCUUGCAGACAACUUCCCCCAGUACCCCUGAAGAGCAAGUUCCUUCUAACUGUUCAGGGAUUGGAACCGGAACCAUUCCGGAGCCCCAGCCGUCUGGUCAGCCACAGAACUCCAGUCCAGAAAGAUCUGGAGAGACAGAAUCAGACAGAGACCAAGUGAGCCCCCCUGCUGUCAAGCUGGCUCCCUCCAAGGGUCGGGCACCCACUGUGUCUCUCAAGAAGUUCCAAGAGCUCCUGAAGCACAGGCACCAAAAGACGAGGAAGUCUGCCAAAAGCAAGGAGGCAAAAGAAACAGAAAGUGAAACUGAAGGAGAGAAACAAAGUGAAGGAAAGUUAAAGUUAUUGAAACCCAAUGAAAUUGACAGCGGUCAAAAUGAAUCAAGACUGAUGAACAAAAAAAAAAGUUAUUCCCAGUCUCUAGAAAGAGAGUCAGCCGUUAGACCAACCGUUGAAAAUUACGAUCAGACAAACCGAACAGAGAGCGACCAUCCGGAGGAAAAAGAUGCAGGACACAACAGCAGCGCUUGUGGACAGGAGACGGAGUAUCAAGAACUCAUCUACAAAGAGACUGAAAGAGAGAACAUUGAGGACAGAGAACAUUUUGAGAACACAGAAAACGUUGAAGACGGAGAAAACGUGGAUGCGUCAGGAGACUUUUCCGAACUCCGAGAGGAGCUGGCUACCUUAGCAAUGUUAUCGAUGACAAGGACAAAGAAAAUGGUGGAUCCUCAACGGACCGACAAAGGCAACAAGGAAGGAAGAGAUCUGGUUACCAAGGAGAACAGAGAGAGGGAAACAGACUCGUCUACAGAGACAAACAAGAAGACCGAAGAACCAAAAGGAUCCAUGUUGGAGGCAUAUAGGAGAAGUGUGAUCAUCCGAGAGGUGGAGGAGAAAAUGGAGGAUGGGUAUUUGGAGAUGGAGAUCUCCAGCGAGGAGUUUGAUGUGGUUGACGAGGUCCACCAGACGUUUGGCUACGCCGUGACUGAGGAAGUGAGUGGUGAAGAGGAGGAGAUCGAUGUAGAGGAGAUGUGUCCAACGAUGUAUCCUGAUGCAGCUUGGCAGGAGGUUUCCGGCGCCAGAGAAGUGGACCAAUCGAGUUCCACCAUGGUCAGCUUCAGAGGCAUCACCCACAACCACUUCCACAUGGCUACCGCUGCCCCCAAGAUGGCCGACGUGAGUCUCCCGACCCCUCUGGAGGCAGAGCCUUCCACCCUGACAUCAUCACGAAGGGUCACCACAGGGUCAAUAGGAAGCUGGGAGCCGGAGGAGGAAGAGGAAGUGGAGGUGGACGUUCUUGAGUGGUCGCCGGACGUGCGACCAAUAGUGUGGGGGGCGGGGCUUGAGCAAGGCGUCACAGAACUGACAGAGGAAGACUUGGAGGAAGACGAGAUUGACGUGAUGGGAGAGGAAACCGACUGAGUAAGUGGGAAAGUGUACUCUUAGGGACGUGUUCAUUUAGAAUCCAUAAAAAAAAAUAAAAAAUACAACGUUGCCAUUGAAGAACGCAUAUGUGGAUUCGUCAACAUAAAGGCUAGCUUUUGUAUGCGUGUGUUCUAAAUUGGAAACGUUUAUUAUUGCAACAGAGUCUAAAGAGUGUGUUCUUGAGAAGAAAGGUUACCGUUCCUAAGCAACCUCCCUGCUCCUCCUCUCCACACAGUUAACUGUCGGAGCAGCCCCAACCUACCACACUAACUCACAAAAUGAGAGUGAGUCUCACUAUAAAAAAAUAAUAAUUGUUGAUUGUGAUUUGUUAUUGUUUUUGUUGUUCUGUUCUUCAGCAGAGUUCCUUUUGAGCCCAAGACUAGACACUCGGCAAACUCAGCUACUCUUUUGUUACAUUUCAGGGCCCGUAUUGAGUGCAGAUCUAGGAUCAGUUUAGCCUUUUACAUCAUAAUGAAUAACAGAGGCACGCCUACUCUGAGAAGCUUUGUGAAUACUGGGCCCUGGUGUUCAUUUUGGUUAUUUUUUGUACCUUCAGAAUCGGUCAGUCAGUGUCCAAUCAGAAGCACUUAAAUAUAAUGUUUAUGUCUGUCAUUUUUGACAAGUUCUUUAUUUGUAGCUUCAUUGUUUGUAUAAGUUUGUAAAUUUGAAAGAAAGCCUAAGGCCUGUCAUUUAAAUAGAAUAAUUUUGUUGUAUUCGAAUGGCUUUCUUGACCACAGCUGUCCAAUAGAUUUGUUUUCUCAAGCAUGGCCAUUUUCUAUUUGCUUUAACCUAGCUAUUGAAGAAAACGUUUAACUUAGCCUACUUAUGCUCAGUGUUCGUACUCAUGCUCAAUGUUUGCUCACAUUCAAUUACAAUUUUCUAGCCUCCCAGUCAAGCCAUCCUUGUUCAAACAAAAAGGAGUUUGAUUUUCUGUUGGGGCCAUAAUGAGAAUGGCCUGUCACUUGUUCUCUAGCGGGCCUAGUCACAAUACUUUAACAAUGCAUCCUUACUUUAUACCUCCCUUGAACAAAUUGCUCACUGAACAUGGCAGGAUAAGUAGUGGUCCUGUACAUAGUUUACAGCAAUCUUGUUUUAUCAGAUUUAUUGUGUCAAUCAUGAGGUAAAAGUGAAGGAUCAAGGAUGUAUUGGAAAAAUAUUAAAAACUCUCUUUGAUUUGA